CAUAGUAGGCGCAUUCGCUUAGAACCGACGAAAUCUCCGACGCGUUUCCGACAUGAAUCUACGAGCAAGUGUGUUAACGACCGUGUUGGUCGUAAUUGCUACUGCUGCCGUCCACGCAUCACCUGUAGGCGUCUGUCCGCCAGUAGACCCAGUGGAUCACACAGACCAUCUACCAGACAGCCAAAACUGUUCACUUUUCUACAAAUGUGAUCACGCAGCUCCUGUACUGUUUGUAUGUCCUGACGGGUUGCACUUCAACCCUACACUGGAAGUCUGUGACUGGCCAGAUAAUGCAGGUUGCACAGGUGGAUCAGCACCAACCUCAGCUCCCAGCUCCACAGCAGCUCCUACAAGCGCUGCCACUACAGCUCCUCCAACAUCAGCUCCUAGCUCCACAGCUAAACCUGCUCCAUCAGGAGACUGCCCAGCUGUCGGCACAUGCCCACAAAAUGAAGAUGAGAAUUCUAUUGCCAAACACCUUCCUCAUGCCUCAAACUGCAGUCAGUUCUGCAAAUGUGACCAUGGUAAACCCGUGACAUUCGACUGUCCUGCUGGACUUCACUUCAAUCCUACUCUGGAGGUAUGUGACUGGCCAGAAAAUGCAGGUUGCACAGGUGGAUCAGCAUCAACUUCGGCUCCCAGCUCCACAGCAGCUCCUACAAGCGCUGCCACUACAGCUGCUCCAACAUCAGCUCCAAGCUCGACAGCUAAGCCUGCUCCAUCAGGAGACUGCCCAGCUGUCGGCACAUGUCCACAAAAUGAAGAUGAGAAUUCUAUUGCUAAGCACCUUCCGCAUGCCUCAAACUGCAGUCAGUUCUGCAAAUGUGACCAUGGGAAACCAGUAACUUUCGACUGUCCUGCUGGACUUCACUUCAACCCUACUCUGGAGGUAUGUGACUGGCCAGAAAAUGCAGGUUGUGCAGGUGGAUCAGCAUCAACUUCGGCUCCCAGCUCCACUGCUGCACCGACAAGUGCUGCCACUACAGCUGCUCCUACAUCAGCUCCAAGCUCCACAGCUAAACCUGCUCCAUCAGGAGACUGCCCAGCUGUCGGCACAUGCCCACAAAAUGAAGAUGAGAAUUCUAUUGCCAAACACCUUCCUCAUGCCUCAAACUGCAGUCAGUUCUGCAAAUGUGACCAUGGGAAACCCGUGACAUUCGACUGUCCUGCUGGACUUCACUUCAAUCCUACUCUGGAGGUAUGUGACUGGCCUGAAAAUGCAGGUUGCGCGGGUGGAUCAGCAUCAACUUCAGCUCCCAGCUCCACAGCUGCUCCUACAAGUGCUGCCACUACAGCUGCUCCAACAUCGGCUCCAAGCUCAACAGCUAAGCCUGCUCCAUCAGGAGAUUGCCCAGCUGUCGGCACAUGUCCACAAAAUGAAGAUGAGAAUUCUAUUGCUAAGCACCUUCCGCAUGCCUCAAACUGCAGUCAGUUCUGCAAAUGUGACCAUGGUAAACCAGUGACAUUCGACUGUCCUGCCGGACUUCACUUCAACCCUACUCUGGAGGUAUGUGACUGGCCAGAAAAUGCAGGUUGCGCAGGUGGAUCAGUAUCAACUUCGGCUCCCAGCUCCACUGCUGCACCGACAAGCGCUGCCACUACAUCUGCUCCAACAUCAGCACCAAGCUCAACAGCUAAACCUGCUCCAUCAGGAGACUGCCCAGCUGUUGGCUCCUGUCCACAGAAUGAAGAUGAGAACUCUAUUGCUAAGCAUCUUCCCCAUGCAUCCGACUGCACCAAGUUCUGCAAAUGUGACCAUGGGACACCUGUCACAUUCGACUGUCCUGCUGGACUUCACUUCAACCCUACUCUGGAAGUGUGUGACUGGCCAUACCGUGCUGGAUGUGCAAGUAAAUAAGGAUCAACUGCAUCCUCUAGCUCAUCUACAGCUUGAUCAACAAGGACUGCCACUACAGGGUGUACAACUUCAGCUGCACUUUAACUGCUGUACCUAGGAGCUCCAUCAUAUCAGACUCUUGUAAGACAGUUGGAUCACGUC